CCCCUCAAGGACCCCUGUGGGUCCCUGGACCCCACUUUGAGAACCACUGCUUCAAAGCAUCAAACUCAAGCAGACUGUGAUAAAUAGGUAAAUAAAGUUUAGACCUUUUUCAGUGUAAAUAACAGAAACCAAGCUGCCUCUGAUGUUCAUACAGUAAAUAUACAGUAAAAAUGUCUCACUGCACUGUUUUAAACCUGAUAAAUAUACAGAUGCUGCCCUCCAGUGAGCAGCUGAAGCAGUGCACACGGAGGAAAUUUUGUUUUUAAAUUCAGGCUCUUUAAAGGCACAGCUUGUAUUUGUCCACCAUGUAAAUUAAAGAUAUUUUAGUGUUGCUCCCUGUAUUAAAAAAAAAACCUGCAGAUGAAUUUGGAGAGAUGGCAUUUGUUUGAUAACCAUAACAGAUUUUCAGAGGAUUUUACCUCCUUUUUUGGGCUGAUCUGAAUCUUUCAGGAAGGCCAGGAGGCCCACACCAAGGAUAAUACAUGAUGUCAGAACAACAUGCGGUUGAAAUUGUGUCUUUUAAGACAUAAAAAGGAUAUAAAUGAUUUCUGAGCUGAUAUUGAUCCUGGUGGACUCUCUUUCCCUCAUACCAGUACAAAACAUCUAAAUAUGCAGGACAUUUAAGGCAUCACCGUGGGCUCUAAGAGGCAUUUUAAUAAGCAUUUUUCAUUAAUUUGAUAUUUUAGAGACAAAACUUUAGUGGCCCAGAGGUGCAAAACACGACGACAUUGUUGUGUUUCCUGGAAUGCUGUGUUUUUCACCUCAAAGCCACCGUAUAAACGAUUAAUCAGUAAUGAAAAUAAUUAUUAGUUGCAGGCCUGCUUGUCUUCAUUAAAAAUGAGUUAUGAACAUGAAACCUUGCUAAAAUUAUUAUUAGUUUGAUCGAGUAGAGUCUACUCUGUACACAAACAAAAAAACACCCCUAUUAAACAUUAAUUUAACUCGGACCAAAAUAUAUUAAUUAAAGCACAAAUAUUAGAACAAAAACACCGGCAUGACGUCACUUUCACCACAUGAGAAACACCUGUUUGAUCACACCUGUCCGUUAACAUCUCUACCGGAUGUUAAGUAGGUUUAUCAUUUUGGUAUAAUUCAUCUAUUUUCCCGGAUAUUGACUCGUUGUGGCGGCAGACAUGCUGAGUUGUUUGGUGGUGUCACGCGGACAGGUGUGUCAGCAGGUCAUCGUUACACAUGAAGUUCUGAAUCGAGGGCAACAGGACUUGGUUGAAGAUGAUUUGAAGACGUGUCGCCUCUCAUCUGAGCGGCUUCUUCAGGUCUAACUGACUGUUUGGGAGUCUCAGGUAUUCAGCUAUCAAGGUGAGACCGCUUGGUUCGUCAGUCUCCUGGCUGUUGUAUCGACAGUCGUUAACAUGUCGCUGGAGUCACCUGAGAUGUGUCAGAUUGCACCUGUUCUCAUCUGUCUCUCCGCUGACAUCACUGCUGGUUCUUUCUGCUCCUGCCUUCCUCUUCCUCUCUCCGGCUGUGUUCGUCUGUCUGGAUGUCGGGAUGGGCAGCGGAGCGUCCGUCAGUGAAGUAUCCCAACCGGAGAGGCUGGAAGGCGGUGUGAAGGCUGAGUCUGACCCGCCUCGAGCCUCCACACCGGCGGGACGGAGCGACGACACCCUGCAGGCAGAUGAAGAAGCAGUGAAGCCUGACAGUCAGACUGUGGACAUCCAGUCUCUAAAGAGUGAAGAGUUCAACACUCAAAGGAAGGAAGAAGAAGAAACAACACAAACAGUAAUGAAUACAGCAGUGAAUGAAACUGUGGACGAAGGUGAAGAAGUGUCUCUGGAUUUUGAGACUUUCCUCCACAACAACGGAACGCUCUACAGCUGCUUCAACCAUCACGGAAACAGAGUUUAUGUUGAUGAGUCGCAGAAGCUCCAGCCCUUUCCGAAGGAGUGGCACAGUCUGGGACGCUUCAUCACCCCCAACAAUGAGAGCUCCGGUCAGCCGCAGACUCAGACCAGCAGCCAGCCGGCAGUCAGGGAGGACGACCGCAUCGGCAGCAUCUACAUCCAAGGCAAAGGGACCGUUAUCACCUACAUGUUUGAGGAGAGGGUGAAUAUCUGCAGGUUCUGGGAUCUCCAGGCGGGCGUCUGGCUGCUGUUGCCGCUGCAGUGGGAGAUGAACGUUGAGUUCGUCCAAGCCCGAGUCCAACGAGUCAUGUCUGCCCUGCCAGGCCUGGUGGACCAGAAGGAGAUCACUGCAGCGCUCAGACAGUGUAACUACGACCCUGAAGAAGUCAUCUCCGUCUAUCUCACCAUGUUCGGAGAAAUCCUCCUGCAGGCUUCUCCCAGCGCCGAUCACAACUACACCGACCUCAACUCCUUCAGAGCCCUCCUGGAGAGGGACCGGGUCAUUGAGGAUCUGAAGCAGAAGCUCCAGACCAAAGAGAAGGAGGUGGACAAUCUCUUCCAGAAGAACAGCUACCUUGCGAGGGAGGUCCGUUACCUGAAUGACGUCAUCCAGCACCUGAACCAGAAGCUGGCUGAACUGGAGGCCGACAAGCAGGAGGCACGAGAGAAGAUCCGAUCCCUCCUGAGCCGCCGGGCUCCUGCUGUCCCGCCUGCGAAAACCAUCACCAAGCCCACCGUGGACCCGGGCCAACUCCGCCAGGUGAGCCGACUGACCCGUGAGCUGAACGUCUCCAACAAGCAGCUUCGAUCCACAGUUCACCAGGCGCUGACCGACAUGAAGAACCAGCUGGAGCAGCUGAAGGACGGCGUGGGGAAAGUGGCCCAGGUGGAGCAGGAGGCAGCUGGGGAAGUGGAAGAACUGCGAUCCCUCUACAGGAAGGAAGCGGUGGAGAGGAAGAGUCUGUACAACAAACUGCUGGAGCUGCAGGGAAACAUCCGCGUGUUCUGCCGCUGCAGGAAGAGCUCAGCAUCCAGCUCCUGCCUGGAGAAAACGGACGACCAGGAGGUGGUGGUCGUCCAGAAGGGAAGCAAGAAGAAGUUCCAGUUUGACAAGGUCUACCCUCCCAGUAGCACACAGGAGGAGGUGUUCGCAGGAACUCUGCCGGUGAUUACUUCCUGCGUCGACGGAUAUAAUGUCUGUAUUCUGGCCUACGGACAAACUGGCUCCGGGAAGACGUACACCAUGAUGGGCAGCAAAGGGAACCCUGGAGUCAACAUCAGGUCUAUACGAGAACUGCUUCGCAUUUGUGCAGAAAAAGAGAAGGUGUCUUACACUCUGAAGAUUUCCAUGUUGGAGAUUUAUAAUGACAGCCUGAACGACCUGUUGGCCAAAAGCCCCGGCGCCGCGCUGGACAUCCGAGUCCAGGGGAAGUCCGUGUCUGUCCCAGGUCUGACCCGGGUCCAAGUCCAGACCGAGUCCGACAUCCUCAACGUCAUGGAGACAGGAGAAAAGAACAGAAAGAUCGCCUCAACCAAGAUGAACAUACAGAGUUCCCGUUCUCACCUGGUGGUGGCGUUGGAGGUGGAGGGUUCAGACGAGGUGUCAGGACUGAUGUCUCGUGGUACAUUGACCUUGUGUGACCUCGCCGGAUCCGAGCGGAUCUCCAGAACCGAAGCUGAGGGUCAGAGGCUGGUGGAGGCGGCGGCCAUCAACAAGUCGCUGACGGCGCUGGGACAGGUGUUCAGCGCCCUGAAGUGUAACGCCCUUCACAUCCCGUUCAGAAACUCUAAACUCACCCACCUCCUGCAGCCCUGCCUCAGCGGAGACGCAAAGUGCUGCGUGUUUGUGAACGUGAGUCCAGACACGAAGGACGUGGUGGAAACUCUGAGCACGCUGCAGUUCGGUUCAACCAUACGACAGGUUUCACUCGGCAAAGCGACACAGAACAUCGUACCGGCUAAAAACAACAAGACUGUCAAGUAGACGACAAACUGAUAUUUAUUUAACAAAACUAUUGGAAGAUGCUGUUUGCUCUUUAAUCUUCUGUGUGAUGUGUCACAGCUCAGGGAUUUAGCACUGCUUUUAUAUACAUAUGUACAUUUUAGACAGAGGACAGAUUACAGGAAGUGAG